AUGCAUCUCACAUCCGUCCUCGCCACCUCCCUAGCCCUAGUGUCUCUCCCAGGGACCAUGGGCUACCCAGGCAUGGGCGAGCAAAUGGCCGAAAUCAUGGCCCGCAAAAGCGACGCCGGCGACUCCAACGAGCUCCUCGGUGACCUCGUCACCCUCAAAGACAAGGACCUCACCCCCGUCGGCAAGGACAUCAAGAGGAUGCUUCAGGGCAAAGGCGACCCAGAGUCCAACGACAGAUACAGCAAGGUCCCCGACCUGACUUCGGACAAGUGCAAAAAGGAUACCUGCUGCGUCUGGCGCUACGUAGCCGACGACAUGUACCAGUUCAUGGCCGGCAAGUCGGGCCGCUGCACGGGUCUGGCCCGCGCCGCCGUCCGCCUCGGCUUCCACGACGCCGGAACGUGGUCCAAGGCUACGGCGUCACAGGGUGGGGGCGCUGAUGGCAGUAUCCUUCUUGCCCCUGGAGAGAUUGACCGCUUCGAGAACCGCGGUCUGCAGGAUGUUGCUGUCAAGUUCAAGGAGUUAUACGGCAAGUAUAAGGGCAUGGGCUGGGACAUUGGCAUGGGCGACUUCAUCCAGAUGGGUGCAAAUGUCGCAACAGUAGUCUGCCCUCUCGGCCCGCGCAUCAAGUCCUACGUCGGCCGCAAGGACAGCGCCAACGGCUCCCCCGACGGCCUUCUCCCGAGCCCCUUCCAGCCGGCCGACCAGCUCUUCCGCGACAAGACCAUCGGCCCGCACGGUCUCGUCGCCCUGCUCGGCGCGCACACCACCAGUCAGCAGAACUUUGUCAACACCACCCGCGCUGGUGACCCCCAGGACAGCACACCCGGCGUCUGGGACGUGCUCUACUACAAGGAGACGCUCAGCUCCAACUCGCCGCCUCGCGUGUUCAAGUUCCCCAGCGACAUUGCCAUCUCCCAGCACCCCGAGACGGCCAAGGAGUUCAAGGAGUUUGCUGGCCCCGGCGGACAGCACCACUGGAACGAGGACUACGCUCGUGAAUACAUCCGCCUCUCUCUUCUGGGAGUCAACAAUAUCAACCAGCUCACCGAGUGCACCAAGGUCCUGCCCCCUGCUGUGAACGGCUUCCGCGCCGUCGAUCAGUACAAGCUCGACAAGUGGCUCAACAGCGUCGGCAACAAGGGUUCUGCUAAGAAGGUUGCCGAGGAUAUCGAGAAGGGCGACCCCGCCUCCGUUGAGGUUCCUCCUGUCAACAACCGUAACUAA